AUGUACAAGUCCACUACUUCCGCAGCAGUCCUCGCGCUGGCCGCAGGCGCCUCGGCCGCCGACUACUCGGCCUGGGCCUUUGGCAACAUGUUCACCCUCGGCCCCACCACCGGCGACGCCUACAUCACCAAGGCCACCUGGUCCGUCGUGCCGCCCGCCGUCCCCACCGACGCCACCGACGAGAAGAGCGACCCUCCCUUCCUGUCGCUCUGGAUCGGCGUCUCCGACUCCAUUUCCGACGAGAACACUGCUCUCGUCCAGCCUCUACUCAACUGGUCUCCCGACCAGGACUCUCAGGGGUGCCCUGCCUCGGCCUCCGAGUGGUGCGUCGACGCUUCCACCUACUUUUCCUUCACCGCCACCUCGGACAAGAAGACGACCCAAAAGGUCACCAUGAACAACAAGGUCGUCAGCCAGCAAGAGGACGACGCCGGCUGGCUCCCGACCUACCUCUACUCCAGCAACGAAUGCUACCAAGACACCUGCGGCAGCGUCGGCGGCUACACCUGGUCCAACAUCACCAUCACCCUCAGCGCCGCCGACAAGGCCUUUGGCGACACCCUGUCUCUCACCGGCGCCUCGGGCGAGCUGACCACCGCGGAUGACGGAAAGACGUGGACUGGUUCCGUCAAGAUCAACGCCGACAACUUCCCUGCUAACUAG